AAAACCGGCAAAAUUUUGAAAAAAAAUAAUUGUAAAAUAAAAAAUGUAAAAGCAUGAAACGGUCUUUCUCUGUUAAUGGCGUCCAAGUUCUUAAUAGACCCUCUGAUCGCUGUUAUUCAGAGACCUUUUUGAUUUUCUCAUUCUACCCUUCAGGGACUGAGAAGCUGAGGAUUUAGCAAUAUAUAGAGAAAGAUUGCGGUAGAGGUUUAGGUGAUGUCUUUUGACGGAGACGAGAAACAAUGGAAAUGCGGAAAGGGAGGUGCUGUGAAUUUUCAGAAAGUCAGUUCAAUUGUUCGCGAUAUUGGGGAGCCUUGUCUUCAUCAAUCACCUAUAAAGGUUGUGAUAGCUAUAAGCAAAAUGCUUAAACCAGAAAAGUGGCAGGCGACCUUUGAUAAUGAAGGGAAAAUUAUGGAUUUCAAAAAAGUUUUGAAAUUGAUUAUAUUGGGGGGUGUGGAUCCAUCUAUAAGGCCAGAAGUCUGGGAAUUCCUUUUGGGCUGUUAUGCUUUGGGCAGCACUGCUGAAUAUCGAAGGCAAUUGAGGACUGCCAGGAGGGAACGUUAUAUGGACCUAAUUAAGCAAUGUCAAUCGAUGCACUCAAGUGUAGGAACUGGUUCCCUUGCCUAUGUUGUAGGUUCUAAAGUCAUGGAUAUGAGAAUGAGUUCCAAAGAUGAUGGGAUAAGGGAAAAUGAAGACCAAAGUGGACAUAUACCUGAAGCCAAUGCUAACAACGUAGUUAAUAAUAACUGUGUUUUGGACGACAACUGUAUAGAAAAAUCACAUAUAUGUAGAAGGCAAAGCUCUGGUGACUCUGAUGAUUUUGCAAGUAUAAGAGAAAGCAAGGAAGGAGCAUAUGAUUACUCUGGUCUUGAACCUUCUUCUGGUUCUCACAACUGCACGUCUCCGAUUGAGCUUGAAGCUGAUGGAUCACAAUAUGUAACUGAAAGCUAUUUGGACUCCCCUACUUUACCUUUUACAAAUUUGUUUGAAAAGAGUGACAAAAAUCAAAAAGAACCUAGGUUUUGUGAUGAUACGCAUUUGACACAACGUAAAUUGAAAUUUGGGGAUGAGCAUAUGCACAGUUUUCAAAUUGACAGCAAUGCAGAUCUAGUUGUCGAGUCAAAUGGUACCCCAUUUAAUGAUGACUCACCACCUCCCAACUCUGAAAGUGAAAUGAUUCACCCGGAUGUGCAUGAAUCACUUUCGCCGUCAAAUAAUCUGGGAUUUGAAUCAGAAAUGUUUAAUAGGCUUAGAAUAUCAGAUGCACCUGAAAUAUCAGCCAAUAAUGCAAUCACAUCUCGUGGAGGGGCUGCCAAAGGAGACAGAGUGUCUGAAUGGCUUUGGACACUGCACCAAAUAGUUGUUGAUGUAGUUAGAACAGACAAUCAUCUCGAAUUUUACGAGGACAAAAAAAAUUUGGCUCGUAUGUCAGAUAUUCUUGCUGUCUAUGCGUGGGUUGAUCCUGCAACAGGAUAUUGCCAAGGCAUGAGUGAUCUACUUUCCCCCUUUGUUGUUCUUUUUGAGGACAAUGCUGAUGCAUUUUGGUGCUUCGAGAUGCUUCUAAGGCGAAUGCGCGAAAACUUUCAGAUGGAAGGACCAACUGGUGUAAUGAAACAGUUGCAGACACUCUGGCACAUAUUAGAACUUACAGAUAGGGAAAUGUUUUCUCACUUGUCCCAGAUAGGUGCUGAGAGCCUUCAUUUUGCCUUCCGCAUGUUGCUUGUACUCUUCCGCCGAGAAUUGUCUUUCAGUGAUGCCCUUCGUAUGUGGGAGGAAAGCUCAAAGAUGGCUCAAGAAAAUGGUUAGCAUUUUCCCAAUAAUACCAUAACCUCACUAACAAGCUUGAUGUAAAUCUCGUGAUCAGCUUUAAAAAGCUCAAAGAUGGCCCAAGAAAAUGGUUAGCAUUUUCCAAUAA